UCUCCGGGCGGAAGUGUCUGAGAAAUGCUCCAGCCGUCUUCCAUCCAUUUGGUGCCUCUGCUAAUCGCCGAUACUGGAAGCCACUAAGGAAGCAACAAGCAUGAAGGAAGACUCCAAUGAGCACAUUCCAGUACAUGAAGAGUUCACUUAUGUUUGUGGAGCAGCUACUCAGGUCUUAAAGUGUGGCCCUUGGAAAGAUCUCUUCCAAAAUGAAAGUAGCCCAAAACUCUUAUUUCUGGUUCUUCCUGGUAACCCAGGAUUGGUGUAUUAUUACCGGACAUUCAUUCAAGUUUUGUACUCUGGCCUGAAACAGCAGUAUCCAGUUUGGGUUAUUAGUCACGCUGGACAUUGUAAAGUCCCUUAUGGCAUGAAAAUGACAGAAGGUAUUGUGAAAGAGACAGAUGUUGGCAAAGUGGACGAUGUCUUUGGACUUCGUGGGCAAAUUGAACACAAGCUGAACUUCCUCCGAAAUAAUGUGCCCAGAGAUACGAAACUUGUGCUUAUUGGGCAUUCGGUUGGCUGUUAUAUAGCCCUUGAAAUUAUGAAACUUGCACCAGAACUACAGAUUCUCCGUACUGUUCUACUGUUUCCUACAAUUGAACGUAUGGCUCAGUCUCCACAAGGCAAGAUCAUGACUCCGCUGAUGUGCCAGUUUCGCUACAUUGUGUACAUGCCUUUGUACCUGUUUACACUUCUCCCAGAAAGGGUCAAAAACUUCCUUGUGCGCUUCGUGCUCCGCCAACAAUGCAGUGAUGAAAAUUCACUAGCAGCAACAGUGGAUUUGAUUAACAUAGAUUGUAUAGCAAAUGCAAUGUAUAUGGGGAGCAAAGAGAUGAGGAUGAUCAUAGAGAAGGACAGCAGUACCGUAAGAAAACAUUUAAAAAAGCUGACGUUUUAUUAUGGAGCGACAGAUCCAUGGUGCCCUGUGCAGUACUAUGAAGAGAUGAAGAUGGAGUUUCCAGAUGGAGACAUCCGAUUGUGCGAAAAAGGAUUCCGACAUGCUUUUGUCCUUGAAACACCCAAAGAGAUGGCAGAAAUGGUUAUAGCUUGGUUAGAGGAUGAUAUAGCUGGAUUGUAGAUGGAAACACACCAGUCUAAGUGGGAAAUUACAUGGGGAGGGGCCUUUUUUGGAUGUUUAACUGUACUUGAAAACGUGGUUUUGUCUGUGUUUUGUGAAUAGUUUUCUUGGGAAAUGUGGCAUAGUUUUGUGGACUAAACAGAACUUGGAGUUUUGGGGAAACUUCUUUCAGAAAUCCCUGCUAACCUGGCCACUACACAAAAUGAAGUCCUAUCGUUAGAAACUUAGUGAAUGCCCAGUAAUGUGAGUUAUGGGCCCAAAGGCCAGUAUAAAAGUAUUCCAACAUCCAAAACAUUUCUGGUCCCGAAAUAGUUUGGAUAAUGGGUAUUCUACCUGAACUAGCAAAGAAACCUCUGUGAAGCAAAUGUGAUAUUGUUCACCUUUGGUCAAUACUAAAAGCCAGUGUGGCCUAGGUUUUAGAGCAGGAAUAUACAAAAUGUAAUGAUUCAGUACUGCUUUAUGACCUUCAACCCUUCCAGGCUCCCUGGACUUCCCAACUCACACCCACAAUAAUAA